UGCGUUGAUCUUGGGGAAAUGCCUCUCUGAUGACGUCGUGCGAGGCUAACGCAGAGCCGGGCGGCCAUUAUACAGCCAAGUUUCCCUGGGAAGGUCGGAGGGAAAAGGGAGCUAGCUUGCUAUUUUCGGUACAGAAUAACAGCCCUCAGACACAUACUCGGCUCAGGGGCGUCGUGAACCAUACGAAUGUGAUCGUAGAAACGCCCGGAUAAACUUGUUAUUGUGUUUUCUGUUCCGAAUCUGGAUAUACGCAGAACGUAGCUAGACCCAAGCCCCUACCCCUGCAUCCCAUUUCGAGAAAAAAAAACAUUUAUCCAACGUUGGUAGCAAGCUAUCAAGCUACUGUUACUAGAUUUCCAUUGUAGCCGCAAGUAAAGACGUUUUUAAACCUAUAUCCAACUCAUUAGAUUUUUUAAAAUGGACGAUAAAUCUUUUACAAAGGAAUUGGACCAGUGGGUCGAACAACUGAACGAAUGCAAACAGCUGACGGAGAAUCAAGUGAGGACGCUAUGCGAGAAGGCGAAGGAGAUCCUGACGAAGGAGUCGAAUGUGCAGGAGGUGCGCUGCCCCGUCACCGUCUGCGGGGACGUGCACGGCCAGUUCCACGACCUCAUGGAGCUCUUCAGAAUCGGCGGAAAGUCCCCCGACACCAACUACCUGUUCAUGGGCGACUAUGUGGACAGAGGCUACUAUUCGGUGGAAACAGUGACGCUUCUUGUCGCAUUAAAGGUCCGUUACCCAGAACGCAUCACGAUAUUGAGGGGGAACCACGAGAGCAGGCAAAUCACGCAGGUGUACGGCUUCUACGACGAGUGCCUGAGGAAGUACGGAAACGCCAACGUGUGGAAGUACUUCACCGACCUCUUCGACUAUCUCCCGCUGACCGCGCUCGUAGACGGACAGAUAUUCUGCCUGCACGGUGGCCUUUCUCCCUCGAUAGACACACUGGAUCACAUUCGAGCUCUGGACCGUCUCCAAGAGGUCCCGCAUGAGGGGCCCAUGUGCGACCUGCUGUGGUCGGACCCCGAUGACCGAGGGGGUUGGGGGAUCUCCCCCCGAGGGGCUGGCUACACCUUCGGACAGGACAUCUCAGAAACCUUCAACCACGCCAACGGCCUCACCCUCGUGUCCCGUGCCCACCAGCUCGUCAUGGAGGGUUACAACUGGUGUCAUGAUAGAAACGUGGUCACCAUUUUCAGUGCGCCAAACUACUGCUAUCGCUGUGGCAACCAAGCUGCCAUCAUGGAACUGGACGAUACUCUUAAAUACUCUUUCCUUCAGUUUGACCCUGCACCCCGCCGUGGCGAGCCCCACGUCACCCGACGCACCCCCGACUACUUCCUAUAAACGCCACCUGACCUGGUGUAGGACUGCACCAAGACUUACACAACAAAAAACAAAAACAAAACAAAAAACAGAAAAACCUUGACGAACCGUAUAUUACAGAGUGGGAUCUGAUACAACAUGAAAGCACUAACAUGGACCAAAGUGUGCCAUAUACGCCAUAAGCAUUUAGUACACACACACACAAACUGCCUGUGUCUCGGUACCGCAACACCUCGUCCCGGUCAAACAUUGCCUGCUGUAUACUAUUCGUAGUAAUGUCCUUUUAUGUUCAUGAGCUGUACAUUACUUAAGGCAAAACAGAGAGAGAACUGUGACGAUUUUCUUUCCCUCCCCCCCAACUUCACUGGACAAAUUUGACAUUUUGAGUUGGCAUUGCCGGGCAUGUGAACUACAGUAUUUUAUAAUGAUGCACAAACCUAUCCCCGUCUACCCCCCCCCCUUUACUUCACCAAACACUAUACUGUGUGGGAAUGAAUGCUUAAAUGGAAGGAGAAACCUCUUCCUUUUUGGGAGUGUAUGCUUUCAUGUGUAAGAACCCCUUACUUACCCUGCCCACUCCCUUUGUCUAAACAUACCAAUUGUGUUUACUGUAUCUUUUUUUCUGUAUAUUUGUCAUGAAGUGAUUGCAUCUUCUUUGGUGUAUUUGAACAAAUAAAGUACUUUUGAUCGCAAA